AUGACACUCACUGAUUACAAAACCAUCAUUAAGCCUGACCAGGACACCCAGAGCGUCCCUAUGACCGCCCCACAGUUGGAGGGUACUGUCAUGGACAGAUUUCAAAUGCAUGGAAAGGUCACCGUCAUCACGGGGGCAGCUGGUGCCAUUGGAGGUGCUCUUGCUGAGGGAUUUGCUCAGGCUGGCUCCCACGUGGCCAUCAUGGAUUACAAGUACGAUCCCGAAAUCGACGAGCGUUUGUCGCUGACCUAUGGUGUCAAGGUUCAAUCGUACAGAGCCGACAUCACCAAUUAUGAGAUGGUGCAAGAUGUAAUCCAGCUGAUUUUGUCCGAGUUCGGCCAGAUAGAUACCUUCAUUGCCAACGCCGGUGUGGUGUGGACCACAGGCUCCAUCUUGAACGAGGAUUCCACUGUGGACAACUGGAAGAGAGUCUUCGAUGUUAACGUCCACGGCACUUUCAACUGCGCUAAGGUGGUGGGUAACUACUUCAAGCAGAGAGGCUCCGGUUCUCUUAUCAUGACUGCCUCCAUGAGUGGUCACAUUGUCAAUGUGCCUAACUACCAGACUUGCUACAACGCAUCGAAAGCUGCUGUGGUACAUAUGGGCAAGUCUCUAGCUGUUGAGUUUGCCGGCUUUGCUCGUGUCAACACUGUGUCUCCUGGUUACACGGACACGCCAUUGUCUAGUUUUGUUCCUACUGAACAAAGAGCUAAGUGGUGGGGUUUGACUCCUAUGGGUAGAGAGGGCUUGCCUCAAGAAUUGGUUGGUGCAUACUUGUACUUAGCCUCUGACUUGGCUACUUUUACCACUGGAACCGAUAUCCGUGUGGAUGGUGGCUACACCUCUGUAUAA